AUGACCACACGAAAAGGAAAAGCCUGGACGUACAGGGUUGCAGGCAUCCCGUUCGGCACUUCUACCCAGGCGCUGAUCGACCGGUAUUUUGACCGUGAUGAUCAGAGUGAUUUGACAGUCCGCUCCCUCUGCCCUAACGCGGCCUGUCCGGAGGGGAAGAAUGACGACCCCAGAAAAAGCCGGAUUAAGGUCAGCCGAGAGUUUGUUGGCUUCACCCCUCUCUUUGUUCCUCCAGCGGGAACGCCCAUUGUCGCUGACAUCAUUGCCGUCACUGGCCUGGCUGGGAAUGCAUAUGGAUCCUGGGCACAUGACGAGAAUGAAAUGUGGCUUAGGGACUCCCUUCAGUUCACGGCGCCCAACGCAAGAAUUCUCACAUACGGCUAUGUGUCCAAGAGCUAA